GCAGUCUUGGCGGGGCACGCCCGCACAAGUUCAAUUCUCGGAGCGUUGGCAGCUGUUUCUUCUCCUCACCAGCGAACUCAUCAAAGCAACACCGCCAAGAUGAGAGCGAAGUGGAGAAAGAAGCGAGUUCGACGCCUGAAGCGCAAGAGAAGAAAGACGAGAGCCAGAUCCAAAUAAGCGCCUCGCAUCACAUCCAACGACAAUCCAUCCAUCUGCCGCGAUUCUGGUCACGCGCGCCCAUCAAACACCAAUGAAAGCAAGGUCUCUGAAGGAAGGAUACGGCAUACCUGACAGCACCUUGAUCUGAAUGGCGCACGCAAGUCAAGCACCACACUGAGUUGCAGGCGGGGGAAGGAGGACUUUCUCGCGUUGGAAUGAAUGAGACGAUGAUGGUGUUUAUUUGACAUGACACUGAGGGCCACGCCGUUUUACUCUCUAACACCGGCGAGACCUACGAAGUUCAAGACUUUCUCAAGUGGAGGAUGGAGACGGGUCACGCCUUUGAGAGGAUUUUUUGGAAGGCUCUGUUUUAGUGGUAGCUACCUGAAUGGAAGCUGUGAUCCGCUGCUUGUCGUGUCUUCAGUGCUGCUUCCAUUUGUGCGCCUUCGCCCGUCAGAGCCGCUUGACUGACCCAUCAUUAUCGCCAGGUAGGGCAUCAGUGCUGUUGUCGCUACCAGGUGCCAUCGCACACUGCUCGGCUGUCUUCUCACGACCAGCACUGGCUGGUCGCUCUGCCCAGACAAUGCCAAGUUACCAAGACCGAUCUCACUCCGACUUCACUUCACUUCCUGGCGGACAAAUCGCUGGAGAGAAACAUAUCAUCGACCGUUGCAGAACCAGCAGCUUUCAGGGCGCUCGUAGUUCUCAGUCUGGAAGCUCCUCUCAAGUUCUAGGCGUCGUCAGCAUCACACAUUGCACAUCCAGGUUACGCGAAGCUUCCUUGGAGCCAGAAGAGCAUUAUGACAGUAUCACUAUUUCCCAAGACCCUCAAACAGCAGAAAUUGGAACCGGACUCUCCCCAUUACAUCGCAAGUCCUCGACUGUGCCAAACGAAUUGAACACACCACACUACAUUACACGCUCCUCUUUCUCCAUCGUCAAGCACCUCAAACGCGUCUCCAUACCCUGCCUCUCGCGUUUCCUGUCCCGAAUGGAACCCACCGCACGACUGCGAUGUGCCGGGUUUGCUGUCGCGAGUUCUGUCAGCAAUGUUGCUUGGGUGCAAACGAACAUUUCCGAAAGCAUCAGGCUUACGAUGGUCCAGGACCAUCGGGAAUACAUUGCGGGUACGUGGUGCAGGCUUCCGGACGAGGAGCCGGGAAUGUAUCGACUGCGCUGAGAAAACCCAAGAGAGCGACGAGUGUGGUACUGAGAUCGAACUGCAUUUCGCUGACGAUAUCCGGGAUUCUGUGAGGAGUGACUGUUUGGUGAAAGACUCUCUGGUCUGGAAACUUUUGGCUUGUCGAAGUCGAUUGAAGCGAGUGUAAGAAGGUAUGUACGGGAAAAAUGUGCAUAGCGAAGUGCUCAUAUACUGGUGAUCCAGGCGCAAUACAGAAACGUAUCUACUCUAGACAUACUCAAGCCAAAUUAACUGUCUCGCGAAACCACACGUCCAUCCCUACGAGGCAAGU